AUGUCCGGCAAGAUAGCUAUCCCCACUGACCUCCCCGAGAACGUCCAAGACUGGAAAGGCUCUGAGGUGCUCGAAUUUCUUAAUAACAACAGAAUCCAGUAUGACCUCGACAACGAGGACAUUCAAGUCAUCGGAAACAACAAGGUCGCUGGCGUUGCCCUUCUCGCACUGACUGAAGAGAAGCUUCGCAGCAUUGGGCUGACCUUUGGUCCUGCUGCGGCUAUCGCUCUGAUUAUCGAAGAGCUCAAGCGGGCGAAAGGGCUAGCAACCGCAGGCCUUCUCAGUCUUGAAGAAUACCUAUCAUGUGCUCCGCCACAUCUCGCAUAUUCUCCGCAUGGCACUACUUCGACAAGCUCCACGAAUGCAAUCGGCAACCCUCCGGACGAAGUGAUGAUUUGGGAAGAUUUUCUCGAAAGUGUAAAUAAUUAUACAUUCGAUCAAGAACAAAAGAAAUAUGCAAAACCGAAUUUUAUUGAAAAUUUUAUUACGACCAAUGAAGAAGUUGUCCGCCGGGCUAUGGAC